UAAAUUUAACCUCGAAACAUUCUGUUGCUCGGAUGCACGAGUGCGUGUGGGUUUGAACAAGCAUUAAAAAUAAUAUUUUAACCGUAACCAGUUUCAUAAGGAAACGAUCGUAAAACUGUCCUGUUUCCCUGGCAUUCCUUUAUACCUUCAUUUUCAUUUCGUCCCCAUUAAGGAUCGAGUUGGCGAUUUUAGUCGUAUCGAGAGGGAGGAGGGGGAAAGGAUUGGUUCUCGUGCCGAUAGUUGAACGCGGCUAACGAUAUCGAACAUUGUCGUAAAUAAAUAUCGCGAUUACAUCCGACUCGUCUCUGUGUAUUACUCGUUUUGGUUACAAUAGCGAACCGAUAGCCAUUUUCCUCGGCGGCGGGGAGGAACCGGUUUGCGAACGCAUCGGCAACAACCUUGGCACUGGAAACAAUCGAAAUCACUUCGAUGCUUUCCAACGGAUCAAUUUAUUUUUUUCCAAUCCAAAAUCCGUUUUAUCUUCCGAUUUUUCUUUAUUUUUGAUUUGAAUAAUGGAUUGUAUUUGCGAAAAUAAAUUUCGAAAAUCUUGUUAAAAGACGAGGGGAUACGUGUCAUCAGAUGGGUUUCGAUUCCAGGAAACAAUUCGAAGCAUUCGGGAAAUCGGUGUCGCGACACGCUCGAAACAAGUUAUUUCUUGCGCGGUUGAUCGGCUGUCUUAACUUAAUUCCCGAGCUGCAUGGAUGAGUAUUUAAUUUGAACGCUUUGUUCCCCUGCUUUUUGCCUCCCCUUCCUUCCUCGAGAAUCGCGGAAGGAAUGCUCCUCGUUAAUCCACGAUAGACCAUGGACUCCCAACCUGCACCUCUGCUUCUGAUUACUCAUUUUUCACACUGAGUUUUAAUUUUGUUCCUAUUAUUAUCCUCUCUACUGCUGUAUUAACUACCACUACUACUAUUAUUACUAAAUUAUUGUCAUUUACUGCUACUGCUCUUUUCCUUUUAACUCGUUUAAAAUUGUUUAAAAUUAUCGUAUUAUUAUAACAGUAUACUAGCAAUAUGCUGUUAUGGAGCCAGAUGUUGUAUAUUAUUACAAUGAUUAUAAGAGGAAUAAUGGAGGUCUAAUCGUGAGCGAAAGUUGGGAAGCACUGGGAUAGAAGGAAUAACGCGAGGGACAUUCUUAUCUCGCGAGAUCUCUAAUUAAAAAGAUUUCUCAUUGCCGCCUUGGCCUGGGUAGACAAGGAGGAACGGCGGCGAGGCUGGUCGAUCUUUGGGAUGCCGAUGCCCGGAUCGUUAAUCGACGCCGAUUCCGGUUAAUCGGUAAUUAGCGAUGCGGAUGCGGCAUCGGGCCGGCCAACGAAUGAUUGAAAGGGAAUCGUUGAAUUGGAAAUAGACGAGGGUCGGGUCCACGCUUCCAAUCCGCCAUUGUUCCUUUCGAAAUCAUCGAUCGAUUCAAGAUCGAUACGCUCUUCCGUGUAUCCCAUCCUUUCCCUCCGUCCAUUAACCGUCUUUUAUUCAUUCCAAUCGUUGCCCCAACCUUUUUUUCUUUUUUUAAACGGAUGGAACAGUGUUUCGAAGUUGAAAUUGAAUAAUUGCGGGUUACCAUCUAUCGGUAAUUCAGUCUCGUCUCUCGUAUUUCGCGAAUCCUAUUAGUAAACUUUUAUUAUCUUUAAUUUAUUGAAUUUCAUUUAACGAUCUAAAUAAAUUUUAGAUCUCUGCAAAAUCUUUGUAUCUCGAAGAAGAUAGAAAAGAAAAUCUUACGAAGCCUUGGUCCCAUUCUCGUAUACGCGAGGUGUGUUUUAAUUAGUGCGCCGGAUGGCCGACCGAAUUUCUUCGGAUCACGUGGUGUUUCACGGCGGAAAGAGGGUCAGAGAUGCCUCGUACGAGGGCCGAGGUCCUGUUGGAUAUGUACGGACACGCAGAAGGAGGGAUUUCACGUGCGUACGUGAUAUGCGUGGCUGGAAUGGCAGAAAAGUUACGCGAGGCGGCCGCACGUGGCGACGUAGCGCGGGUUGCGCGACUCCUUGACGAAGAUAUUAAGCCAUUGCCGGACGAAAAUGGGAGAAGUCCUCUGUUACUGGCUGCAGCAGCUGGCCACGUGGACGUCUGCGAAACUUUACUUCUUCGAGAAAUCGACAUCAAUGCCGCGGACAAUACCGGGGUGACGCCAUUGCAGAGAGCUGCUUCGGAGGGCCAUUUGGAAACGGUGGAAUUAUUGUUGAAACACGGCGCUGAUGUCGCUCGCCAAGACACCGUGCAUGGAAAUUCAGCUUUGCACGAGGCAUCGUGGCGAGGAUACAGCAGGACCGUGGCAGCCCUGGCCAAGGCACUGGGGACCCAACGUGCACCCUUGCACGCGAGGAAUCUCGCUGGAUUCGCGCCGCUCCACCUCGCCUGCCAAAAUGGACACAACCAAAGCUGCCGCGAGCUCCUGCUGGCUGGUUGCAAUCCCGACCUUCAAAACAACUACGGGGAUACGCCGCUGCACACGUCCGCGAGGUACGGCCACGCAGGUGUCACGAGGAUCUUGAUCUCCGCACUUUGCCGUGUAUCCGAUCAAAACAAGAACGGCGACACGGCGUUGCACAUCGCGGCGGCGAUGGGGCGUCGAAAGUUGACGAGGAUCCUGCUGGAGGCGGGCUGCGACCGUAGCCUGAGGAACAAGCAAGGGGAGACCGCGAAGGACAUAGCGAGGCGCAAGAACCUCGCCGAGAUAUUGGAGAUAAUCGGUAAAGCGCGAAGCAAGAGCAGGGCCCGGAGCAAGAGUCGCGAGGAGGAGGCGACGCCGGCGACUCCGGCCGACAAGGUCGACGGGAAGAGCGGGAGCAAGAACGAGAAGAAGCGAGAGAAGACCGGUAGUGGGACCAGCGGGAGCAGGGACAGUUGCGGGAAGAAGGAGAAAAAGAAGCACAAAUCGUCGAGUAAGCAGAACAAGGUCCACUUCGAGAAGGCCGUGAUGGGUAGACAGUGGUCCCCCUACGGAUGCCAUUACUAUCCCGAUCCGGAAGCGUUUCCCCAGCCUCGCUUGGACUCGUUGCCGCCGGACCCGCUGGGCCGGGGGGAGCAAUAUUACCUGGACUUGGCGGGAAAUAUCAGAAAGGGGCCUGUGGGGGUGGGGUACACGUGCUACUGCGCCCCCUUCUUCAGGCACAUGGAGGCCAAGCUGGAGAGGGACAAGGCGGAGCUGAAGGCGCACAUAGAUCAGGCCCACGAAAGGUUGGAUUUGAAGGUGGCCAAUCUGGAGAGGAGGACGAGGGGGCAGAUAUCGGAGCUGACGAGGUGCGUGGCGGCGGAGAGGUCGAGGUGCGACGAGAGGCACAUGCACCUUCAGCAGCGCCUUUCGAGGGGCGGGAAAGGGAGGCACAGCGAGAGGCCGGCCAAGACAUCGUCGUCGGCGUUCGGCAACGAUCAGCAAUUCCCACCUGCUCGGGCGAGGUCGUUGGAGGAUCUUCUGGACGACAGGCCUCACGAUAGAAGCUUCGAGAUCCCGGGAGAGACAUCGAUCCAUCGUGGCAGCCUGGACGAUCUUGAUAUUCCCGCUAUACCGAGGCUCAGCAAGUCGAUGAGGGAUCUUCCCUCCGGGUCUGGUGUCUCGAGGUCAACGCUUAGGGUACUCGACGUGCCUGCCAGAUUGAACGAAACGUUCGACGGGGUGAUCAAGCAGGAUCGAAGCUCGCCGCUAGGCGCCGCCUCCUCGCCCUCCAUUGGAUCCAGGCAACAGGUCCAUCAGCAACGCUCGCAGGAUCUAUCAUCUCGAGAUCAUGGCGUAAAUCCGUGCCAGGACGAGAGUAACGCGGCGAGGAAGAACGAGGAUACAUCGAACGAGUGGAAAUCUUCGGGACGGCGAAGCGUUCAUGAGAUGAUUAAGCGAUUUCAACAAGUACCUGGCAUGCACAACGGUUGGAGGGGGCCGCGUUCUGGAAGCAGCGAACCCACCAGUCCGGAGCACAGUCAGUGUUCUCAAAAUCAAAGGGUCCAACCGCAGGGUGGUGUAGGAAAUACGUGGCGUGGCGAAGGGAAUGACAGCGAAAGCAGCGAAGGAGAUGACGAGCAACCAGAAGCGUUGAGCGGAGGGAUCUCUGGAAAAGGAGUGAUAUCGGAGCACGUGCAUUACGACAGCAUCGCCAGAAUGCCAUAUAGGUCCCGUAAUGCGGUUUAUAGCCCAACGCCGCCUUUGCAUGACGCGCACAAUGAUUCCGGAUACAGCACUCGCAUGUAUGGUUCCAGCAAAGGUGCUUCACCUUCGUUGUCAGGCCAAUUAGAGUGCGAUGUAAUUCUUCCGACUAAUCCAAAAGCAUUUCCAAGCGGAGAACAAUUGGCAGCACUCUUGGAACAGCCGAGAAAUCACGAUCUUACAGUGUACGAACGCGGUGCCGACAACUGUGUUAUUAAUAUAGGAACCGCGAGUCUCGUUUAACACGCACGCGUAACGCUAUAAUACGUUAUUUGGAAACAAAUUCUUACACACUUCCAAAGACAUCGAUAUUUUAUAUAUAUAUAUAUAUAUAUAUAU